AUGGUAAUAAAUCGGUCAGCUUUUAAAUUCAUUGACUGUUGGGAUUAUAAUAUCUAUGUUUGCAUUUUAUUAUCAUUACUGGCCAUCGGAUCGGUGUUUGGUCUCAAAUACCGGUCCGUCGGCAUUGGUUUGGAGACAAUGUGGAGCUAUUUGUCGGUCUUAUUAUCCGAUUAUUUCAAUGUUAAACAAAUUAAGAAAUCAUUUGACCGCCUGUUCGCCGGUCUAUGGCUUAUCAUUUGUUUGAUGUUAUUAUCUCUAUAUUCGGCCAAACAAUACGAUAUUAUGAUCGCCGGACAGACAUAUGACAUGAUUGAGACCUACGAUGAUUUGCACGCCAAACCCCAGUGGACACACUUAAACAUACAUGCUUAUAGUGUUGAGUACCUUAAUCAAAUUAUGUACGAUAUAACUGAUCGCAAUAAAAUUGCUUUAAAAUUACUCAAACGAUUUGUAGUAAAAGAACCGUUUGGUUUGUUGACAAAUAUUUCACAACUACGGCAACUAUAUAAAGAUGUGUUGGCCGGCAAUGCCGUUAUAAUUGCGCCCAAAUUUCUGGGUUAUUAUCUGUUAAGAAAUAUUGAAAGUAUAUUUGGAAAUUCUUAUCGACAGGACAUUGAUUAUCACAUAUCGACUGCAGAUAUAAGCAAAACGUUUUACUUUUGGGGCGUAAAUAAUGAACGAUUAAACCAAUCUGUGAAACGUAUGCAACAAAACGGUGUCUAUGAGUAUAAAGUAAGCAAAUCAUUGAAACCUUUGGGUUUUGGUCCCGAUAUAUACGACAAACCGAUUGUCGAUAAGACAUAUGAUAUCAUAUCCAUUGCAGACAUCGUUGGCGUCAUCGGUAUUUAA